UAGAAAAACGUCAUAAUGAUAACUACUGUCUCUUAUUGAACAGAGUAUAAUAGAAUAAAUGUAAUUAAAAAUGUACUUUAUCAGAGAACUUUGAUAAAAUUCAAAGAGUAGAAGUGCAGCACAAAAUGUUACUCUGAAUAAGAUGAAGUUACAAUAUUCUGUUUUAAUUCUGGUUUGUCUUUCAUGGGAUCUAAAAACAUGUUCAGGAUUGAUAAACAAAACUACAGAUUCUCAACAGGAAUACAGACCUGAUGGACCUUUGGUGUUGUGUAAAUUUCUGCCAAAAGAAUUUAUAGAAUGUGAAGAACCAAUUGAUCAUAAAGGUAAUAAAACUGCCAAAGAAGAAACUGGAUUUGGUUGUGUAAAGACUGCAGAUCAAUUGUUAGCUGGCUCCAGCGUAUUGUCUAGACCAGCAGAAGAAUUUGACAAUGAUCCCUCAGUGGAAGCCAUGUGGGCAAUCAAAGCCAUGGAACAUGCUGAAGUUUAUUUCAAUAUUUUAUGUUCGGUUGAUCCUAAGUUUUUAAAACUUACCCCUCACGAUGAUCAAAUCUAUAAAACCUUUCGAGAUGUUUUCCCUGACCUUAAGGUAGAUAAGAUAAACGAAGAUGAAUUAAAAUCAGACCAGGGAAAAAUGAAAUGGAGACCAUUUUGUGAACAGUUCAAAGGAAUUGUAGAAGAUUAUUGUUUUGGUACACUGUUAAGAGCUGAUUGUGAAGGAGAUUACUCUGAAGCAAAUAGUGUACUUAUUACUAGGAUACAAUUUUAUGCCAUUGAACUUGCCAGAAACCGUGAAGGCUUGAACGAUGGUAUUAGAAAAAAGUACAAAUCAAAACAAACUGUGAAGGAGUCAUAGAUCAUGAUAUUCUAAAAUUACAUGUUAAAACUCAUUUGGAUAGGAUAUAAUUUUUCAUAUACAACUUUGUACAAUUUUAAAUGUAUUGAAAGCUUACGAAGUUAUAGACUGUUAUUUAUAAUAAGCAAUAUGUAACACAAAAUAAACAAAUUAGGAAAAAAUAGA